AUGAAGGGCCUUUACGACAAAUGUUUCUACGCCUCCAGUGACCGGGGCUGGCUGCUUGGCAUCCAGGCAGUCAGUGAGCAUGGGAAUCGUGACCCCCGCUUCUUCUUCUCCCUGAAAACUGACCGUGCCCACAAAGUGACCUCCAUCCACUCCAAUGCUCGCUAUGUUCCCAACCAAUGGGCACAUGUGGCAGUGACAUAUGACGGCGUGUACAUGAAGCUCUUUGUCAAUGGCGCCCAAGUUGGCGUCAGUCGGGAGCAAUCGGGCGAUGUAUUCAGCCAUUUGACCAAAAAGUGCAAAGUGCUGAUGAUUGGAGGGAAUGCACUGAAUCACAAUUACAGGGGGGCAGUGGAAAGGGUGGGACUAUGGAGGCAGGCCCGAGGGCAGAGGCAUAUUAUAAGGGAUAUGCAGGGCCACGAGGACCCCCUAGAUCUACCUCAGCUGGUAAUUCGGGAAACGUUCGAGCACCCAGGUCGGAAGUGGCUGACUGUCAAAGAUGGUAGCUUUCCUCAGCCUGAGCAGGGAGGGAUUGGACGAUUAGGGUUUCUGGGUGGCGGUGGAGCGGGUAAUUCUGAGGAAUUAUUGGACACAAAACUGGAACCGCCAACUUGUGGGCAAACUGUCUGCGACAAUGUCGAGGUCAUCAAAAACUACAACCAGCUUUGGACCUUCCGUCGGCCCAAGAAAAUACGAUAUCGAGUCAUAAAUAUUUGGGAUGAUGCACGAAUACGGCCGACCGUAUCAGAUCACCAGAUCAGCCUACAGCACCAGCAGCUGAAUGAUGCCUUUAGCCCCUACAACAUCACAUGGGAGCUUAGCAUUCACAAUGUGACCAAUUCCUCCCUUCGAAACCGAUUGAUUCUCGCUAACUGCGACAUCAGCAAAGUUGGGGAUGAUGCAUGCGACCCGGAAUGCAACCAUCCCCUGACAGGCUAUGAUGCAGGUGAUUGUAUGUCCGGGCACCGGAGUCGUUGCCCUGAGCACAAGCAGGGGAAUGGUGUAUGUGAUCCUGAAUGUAACUGGGAAAACUUCUUCUAUGACCUUGGAGACUGCUGUAAUCCCAACGUGACGGAUGUGACUAAGACCUGCUUCAACCGCUCUUCUCCACACAAAGCCUAUCUGGAUGUGAAAGAGCUGAAAGAGAUCCUGCAUUUGGACGGCUCGACUCACCUGAACGUCUUCUUUGCCAAUUCUUCUGAUGAAGACCUGGCGGGGGUUGCCACCUGGCCCUGGGACAAAGAGGCUCUUACACAUUUGGGUGGGAUUGUGCUCAACCCUUCCUUCUAUGGUACAUUCGGUCACACUGACACGAUGGUCCAUGAGAUCGGCCACAGUCUCGGACUUUACCACGUGUUUCGAGGAAUAUCCGAAAUCGAGUCGUGUAACGACGCGUGUUUGGAGACCGAGCCCUCGAUGGAGACCGGAGAUUUGUGCGCGGACACCAACCCUACUCCCAAAUACAAGGGCUGCCACGAUCCUGAGCCGGGCAACGAAACCUGCGGCUGUCGGCAUUUCACGCACACGCCAUUUAACAACUACAUGAGCUAUGCAGAUGACGCCUGUACAGACUCCUUCACACUGAACCAGGUGGCGAGGAUGCACUGCUACCUGGAUCUCAUCUACCAGACCUGGCAACCCGCCUCCAAACCUCCUCCAGUGCCCAUGGCGCCCCAAGUGGUUGAGCAGCAUCAUAAUUCAAUCACCCUGGAAUGGUUUCCACCCAUAUCUGGACACUUUUAUGACAGAGAAGUGGGAUCAGUGUGUGAUAAAUGCACUGAAGGGAGAGUUCUGCUGCAGUACGCCUCCAAUUCGUCCUCGCCGAGACCUUGUGCCCCCUCUGGACACUGGUCCCCCCGAGAGGCCGAAGGCCCUCCAGAUGUGGAGCAGGCUUGUGAGCCAAGUGUGCGCACCUGGAGUCCCAACGCAGGAAUCGAGCAAGGUGUUGUCGGCCUGUCGGAAUGCCCCCUCCAAGGCUGCAUGCUUCAGCUGGAGUUCCUCUACCCGCUGGUUCCAGACUCCCUGACUGUGUGGGUCACUUUCUUCAGUCCCGAGGAAACGGCACUACCAGCAAUCCACAACAUCUUACUACUGACUGUCAGGGGGAACAACAUUUCUUUGGGCCCCAGUAAUGUCUUCUGUGACACCCCACUAACUCUGAAGCUAGACAUAGAGGAAGAGGUGUACGGGGUUCAGUUUUUCACAAUGGAACAACACCUUGAGAUUGAUGCCACCCUCAUGGCAUCCAAGCCAGACUGUGCACUCUGUCGGCAUUGCCAGCCACUUCGCUACCACCUAUUGCGCCAACCUCCCUUUAACCAUGCUCCACACGGUCUUUUGUUGAAUGAACCUACCCGACGAUACACAGACAGGUGAGUAAACUGAUGGAUGGAUAUUAAUGCUCACAGAUCUGAAUGUGUCAGCCAGAUGCAUAAGACUCCAUAUGGUUGUGUCUUUGUUUUGGUUUGAAAGCCAAGCAUUUAAACAGAGGAAGAUAGUCUGAAGAUACAUUGCACAUGCUUUAGUUUGAAAAAACUAACAAAGCAUUUAGUUUUUAUAAGUUUAGAAUGGCUGAGUGACUGCCAUUUGGCUUCCUGCUUAAGUGAUGUUAUUAGGGUAUUUUGGACGCCCUAGUAAGAAGCCGUUUGUCUGUCUGUGGAAUGCAUCCACAAAAAAUAUUGGUGUAAUACCAGAUAUCCUUCCCAAUACCCCCAGGAGCGCUAGCUAGCCACCACUGCUAUUGCAGUUUCAAAUCUCCAGUCCAACAUUUGUUUCCUAUGUCACAGGUCAAUGCCUGCCCACAUUUGUUUUUUUCCAUGUUCCAUGAAGCAAAGGCAAACAGAUGGCUUGUUAAAGGUAUUAUCUGCACACUGUGGUGAGAGUUUAGUGCUUUGCUUUCAUGGAAUUUGCUGACUCGAUAAAGAUUGUGCUAUACAUGGCACCGCUGCGUGUUAUGCCAUCUCACUAUCGUGCUGUCAGCGCGGUUCACAUGAGAAGGAAAGUGCUUGAUAAUGGGCGAAAGGGUGAGUAUGCAUGUUAUGCAAGAUUGAGUGAUGAUACCCAAGUUGCAUUAAGUGGACUUACACAAUUUCCUGAUUGUGUGGCAGUGACUGGUAGAAGGCUGUCUGCAGUAAAGACGUAUUUAUUUGGGGUUUGGCACACUUCAGUGAUUAUUGAUGUACUGUAGGUAGUUUCGUUGCUGUGGUAUAUUAUACUAGCUGUGGUUGCAUUCCAGUGGUGGUGGUCAGUGGCACUGGCUGACUAUUUUCUGUAGUGAGAGCAUAUGGGAUCUUGUCUCUCUUAAGAAUUCUAGCCACCAAUUUCUUUAACAUGUUCCAAUUUAGAAUAAGUGCAACACCGUAAAAUAUACAACAUGAGAUAUAUUGCUCUGUUUAUUUAGUAAGCAUUUACUUAGAAAAGUUGGGAAUAAAAAGUAAUGAUGCAAACAAGAGAGAGCAUUGUAAAGGGAUACUUUGUGGGGAUGGUUAACUCCAAUGUUUGAGCAUCAGUAAAUGGUAAAUGCAUUGAUUUAGUGUCUUACUCUUUUGAGAGGGAAACCAAUACAUUCAUAUUUUAUAUUUUGUGCUUUGG